GGCGCCAGUUCGAACAGCACGUGAAAUUCCACGCUCUGUCCAGUGUGUGACAUUGGGACAUCAUCAGAAUCCUAGGCUCUAAAGGCCUAAAAGAGGAGGAGCCUAGCGUGGGAGGAGCUUCGAGUGGGAGGGGCAAGGAGCAUGGCGGUAUUAGGGCAACGCCUUCGAUCAGCUGGACUGGUACAGCUGCUCCUUUUUCCUCUCCUACACACGGGACUGCCUCGCGUGUUGCAGGAUUCUCCAAGUGCGAACAGCGUCUUUAAGGACGUGAUGAACGCUGGAGGGAUGAUGUGUGGAGAGGAAGGAUAUUCUCGGAUGAUCUUCGAGAGCAGAGCGAGGCAGCUGUUAGAGGAUGCCCUUGUCUCCUACACGGGAGGUUUUCACGACCUGCCUCGUCCCCGAGAUUCCUAUUUAAGCCCGGCCUUGCAACGGGAAGACGUGUCAAGGAGUGAAUUCAAGUUCCCCAGUGUGAAGACUUCGCUUUCUGAGACUCAUCCCUCCAGCCUCACAGAUUCGAGAAAGUCCCCGGAUGCUAAGACCAUCGCCGCAAAGACUCCAGUGGUUAAAGAAAUUCACAAAGAGAAGAUGGCGAGCGCACUCGUUCUCCCAGCAAAAACCCUGGAUGAUCAAACUCUUCACUCCAAGAGGGACCCAGAUAGUCGGACGUUCAGCAUCAACACCCAAGAUGCACAGCCUCUCCGCGCAAAGACCCAGAACACAAGCUCGACUUCCACCACCAAGACCGCGAAGGCCUCUCCCACGAAGCCCCCACACGCGAAGCCGUCCCUGUCAGACCCACAGGACAAGCCAAGGGCACCCAGAGUUCGGCGGAGUUGCGGAGGGUCGUUCGUCGUCUUCCCCUUCCUGGUUUUUCUCAUCGGGACGCUGUCCUCGUCCAUCAACAUCAUCAAUAACAUCAACAACAACAAUAAUAACAAUAACAACAAUAAUAACAAUAACAAUAAUAAUAACAAUAACGAAAAUAUGAAUGGGAGGAGUUUCGACGCAGGAAGGUUGCUGACUGCGUCUCUCGACUUGGAAUCUCUCCUGUCGAACUCGAAUCUCAAAGGAGUAGAAAGGUCACAGGGGACUCCUCGUGAACAAACGAGGUCAAAAAGGUCACCAGAGAGAAGAGCAAGGUCAGCAUCACGAAAGAGAGAAGCAGAUUCCAAUUUGCUGCUGAAACCCAUUUAUGAUUUUCUACAUUCGUCUAUCAGUCUCGUGCUUAAUGCUGUCGAAAGCUCGUUUAAUGACAACACGCGGAGUUAUUUUGCAGCACUGAAGUUAAAUCGAAACUUUGUUGAAUAG